AUGAUCUCCGCCAUACUGCUUGCUCUCGGUCUCGUCAGCUCGACUCGAGGCGAGGUGGUCAACGUCAAGAUUGAUUCUUGUCCUCAGCAAGAGAUCUCCAGCUUUGGCGCAUCUGGUGCAUGGUGGCCGAACGAUCUGAUUCAUUUUCCCGUGGAACAGCAGAACAAUCUGAGCCACUGGCUCUUCUCGGAGGAUGGUUUGUAUCUGUCGUCGUAUAGAUACAACAUGGGAGGUGAUGGCGGCAACGAUACUCACCAAGUCACGACUAACGGCUCUCGUGUCGAAUCCUUUUUACUUCGGAACGGGACGUACGACUGGUCUCGAGAUCAUGCCGGUGUGCAUUUCCUCAAAGAGGCUCAAAACUACAGUGUACCCUACGUUACCUUCUUCAUCAAUGCUGCGCCAUCACACAUUGCAACCAAUGGCGCCGCCUGUGGUUGGAACUUUACAGCGAACAAGACGGAUGAAUACGCCGACUACAUGACCACUGUCUUGUCCCACUGGGUGGACCAUGGUAUUGACAUCAAAUACAUUUCACCGAUGAACGAACCGGAUAACAAUCGAUCUGAUUGUGGACAAGAAGGCAUGUCUGUGGUCCCUGCUCUCCGGGCACCCAUUAUCAACACUCUCCGAGACAGCCUAGACAACUCUUCGGCCUCGUGCGUUGGGGUCAUUGCGGAUGAGACAAGUCGACCGUACCUUCAAGGGAUCCCUGAGAAUCCUCAUUGGCUCCCUGAAGCUUACAAGUGCAUGUCAAAUACCGCUGUACACGACUACGAUUAUGUGACCGAUGAUCAACUUGCCCAGUAUUACCAGCAGGUCCUCAACUUGACUGGAGGUAGUCCACCACCUAUCAAGUUUACCGAGAUUUGCUGUUCCAACUCGUCCGGAAAUGGUCCCUCGGCAUUCGCAUCGCAGAACGAUCCAACCAUGACCAAUGCGCUUAUUGUCGCUCGAUACGUUUGGCAAUUCCUUACCAUUGCCAAUGCUCAGUCAUUCGACUGGUGGACGGCAGUGGCCGACCUUCCUUGCUCGCCUUCCAUCGACGGAGAACAAUGCGCGACCGCUGUGAACAACACCGCGGGAUACAACUCUGGAUUGAUCUACAUUGAUCCAAAUUACAAUCAGACCCAUGACUACAAUCUCUACUUCACCAAGCGAGCCUUCAUGAUGAAGCACUUUGCCUACUUUCACCGACCGGGAAGUGUAAGGUAUGACGUCCCGUCGACACAACUACCUUACGGCGUGAACGCCUUCGCCACGAAAAAUGGGGUUUAUACUAUCAAGCGAUCGGCCGUGGAGGAGAGGAAUUGGGCGCAGACUUGGAACGUGUUGUUCUUCAACAACCAGAGCACGAGCUUCAACAUGACUCUGGAAGCUCCAGCUGCCAUUUCUCACCUCUAUCAUGUGGUCAAGACCGAUCCGUCGACCGAUUGGGAGGAAGUCGAGCCGAGACCGGAAAUAACCAAUGGAGUGGUCAACUUUGAGCUUCCGGCCGAGAGCUUGUACACAUUGCAGUUCUGUGCGGAUUGAAGGAUCGCGGAUGUCCCCGUUCAAAGUAAUACAUAGGUGCAUUAUAAA